CGCGGGCCGGGGCCGCCAUGCAGUCGGUUGUCGCUAUGGAGCCGCGGCAGCUCCGCUGGGACACGCUGGCGGCCCUGCGCGCCUCCAGCAAGGGCCAGCUGAGGUACUGCCCGCACUGGCUGCAGGAUGAGGAUAUCUUGGAAGGAUGCAUAACUCCUCUUGAGCUGUCCCCUUAUUCUGGCUGGGUCCUAGACAGAGUGACUGGGCAAUCGGACCAAGAAAUGGCACCCUCUGGAAGUUCAACACCUGAAGAAGCCACUCCUGUCACAAAACAGUCGUCUCUGGAGAUCACCUCUGCUGGCAAACAGGGCUUUUCACCACUUUCAUCUACAGCGCCAAGUGAAACAAAGGGAAGUGAUGACCGCAAUCUGCUGGAAGUGGAUCAAGAAUUCUACCGAGCAGUUCUUCCAUCUAAAGUUACAGAAGUUGAAGGCUGUAUUCAGAUGUAUGAGGAGAUGCACAGGCUGAAAGGAAAGGAGGGGCUGAGGCAACGGCAGGAGCAGCAAGAGCAGAUGGUGAGGGCAGUGUAUGACCUGGCCAGUGAACAACUGAAGCGCUUUGAUGAACUGAAGGAGCUAAAGCAGCAUCAGGAAUUCCAAGAUUUGCAAGAAGUAAUGGAGAAGAGCUCAAAGGAGGCUCAAGGGCAGCAAGAGAAGUUGAAGGAAGAACACCGACACAGAGCAAAGGUAUUAAACCUCAAACUGCGUGAGGCAGAGCAGCAGAGGCAGCGUCAGGAGGAGCUGGAGCGUCAGCGUAAGGAAGAGAGCCAGGAAAGAUUGCGUCGCCUUUAUUCCAUCCAGGAGGAAGUGCUGCAGCUUAACCAGCAGAUUGAUCCCAAUUACAAACACAAAGACUUGCCAAGAAUUGAUCUUUCUGCAUACAGUAAUCGUGGCAACCAGAUCUGUGGGCUGGUGUCAGGACUCAUCCGCACCACAAGUGAGAAAGGUUUCCCUACUCAAGCAGAUGUGGCCAAUACUGAACGAGCGCUGCAGGAGAUGCGAGGGUUGAUAUCCAGCAUGCAGCAAGAAAUUGCUGCAGCUGUGGAAGAAAAAAAGAAGAGAGAUGAAGAGGAAGCGAAACAAAAGCAGAAAGGGUCACUGAACAAAGAGCAGACAAGCGCUCAGACUCCUGCCCCUGCACAGCAGGCUGGGGGAAAGCAGCAGAAGGAAGGACUUCAAGUUAAGGCAGACGAAAGUACCAUGCAGUGGUACCAGCAGCUUCAAGAUGCUGCUGAGCAGUGUGUUGCUGCUUUCAGAGGAAUCAGCAACUGCAAAGACAACAAUGAGGUUAAGAAGAUAAAAACAGACUUGCAGAAAGCAGCUACGAUCCCUGUGAGCCAGAUCUCUCGAAUUGCAGGCUCUCAGCUGAGAGAGAUAUUUGACAAGAUCAAUAACCUGCUCUCUGGGAAGACUGUUCAGAGUGGAGGGAGAUCUGUAUCAGUGACUCAGCAUCCACAGGGACUGGAUUUUGUUUAUUACAAACUUGCGGAGAAAUUUGUGAAUCAAGGAGAAGAAGAAGUAUCUUCUCACCGUGAUUCAGCUUUCCCAAUUGCUGUGGUGGCCUCAGGAAUCUGGGAAAUGCACCCUCGAGUUGGAGACCUCUUUUUAGCUCAUCUGCACAAAAAGUGCCCCUAUGCUGUGCCAUUUUACCCUGCAUUGAAAGAGGGGACUUCUAUGGAAGAGUAUCAGAAGAUGCUUGGAUAUCAAGUUAAUGAUUCUAAGGUGGAAGAGCAAGAUCAUUUUCUUAAACGGAUGUCAGGACUGAUCCGUCUUUAUGCUGCUAUCAUUCAGCUCCGGUGGCCUUAUGGAAACAAACAAGGGCCACAUCCUCAUGGGCUACACCACGGAUGGCGCUGGCUUGCUCAGAUGUUGAACAUGGAGCCUCUAGCAGAUGUGACAGCUACACUUCUGUAUGAUUUUCUGGAGGUUUGUGGCAAUGCUCUCAUGAAACAGUAUCAGGCUCAGUUCUGGAAAAUUAUGUUGCUUAUCCAAGACGACUAUUGCCCAAGAAUUGAAGCCAUUACCAACUCUAGACAGAUGGGCUCUUUGAUGCGUUUCAGACAGUUCUUGGAGGAAUGUCUACAGCAGAAGGAGAUUCCAUUACCAAAGGGAACUCUGCAGUCUUCUUUUUGGAGAUCAUAAAUCAGAUUAUGUUUAUUUCCCCCUGGAUGUCAGUGCUUUCAGACCUGGAUUCCUGUUUACAAGUAAAGGCAGAAUUAUUCUGUAUACAGAGAAAUCAGGAGGAAAAUAUUCCAUUGACGUAUUGAUGUUAAAUUCAUCAAGACUUACGUUGGGCAGGACAAACUUGUGUUUCAUUUGUUGCAAAAACAU